AAAAGAAAAAGGCAAGUAGAUUUUUGCUAUCUGCAGUCAUGUCAUGCUCUUGCUGUCUUGGGUCAUGCAAGCGAUGGGACUGCCUUGAUUGAUGAUGGAGAGGGGGGCCAAAUUGCCAAUAGCUGCUGUGCCGCAGCGAGGUGGGGAGCAUGUUAUCCUCGGCCAUCCAAUGUUUGAUUUUCGAGCCCCUCCAUGUGAGGAACUGGUCCGGGACACACAUGUGGACUCGAGCGGUCAGUCAAUCCUGAUCCCUCUCCAAAGGUAGGUUGGGAUACACGGACAGACAGUUACACUCAGCUCGCUGUCAAGCUUUUUUGUGGUCCCCAUCCUCUCGUUCCAGUAAGACUUCUCUUUCCCGGUGGGCGUGUGUUGUGUCAUGCCGUGCAACGACGAUCAUGAUCAACAUGAUAACAACCAUACUCUACGCUCUCCUCGCCGUGGUCUCGCUCGCUUAUCUAGCAGAUUACCUGCUCGCCUGGAACGACGACCCAAAGGAACCUCCCCGCCUGCGGGCGAGGAUACCGCUGAUUGGACACCUCAUCGGCAUCAUCGUCAACGGUCCUUCCUACCACAGCGUCAUCCGCAAUGAUGAAACCACCGAGAUUUACACGCUCGGGAUCCUCAAUUACAAACUCUACACCUCGGUGUCCACCCGGCUGCUGCCGUUGAUCCAACGCCAGAGCAGAGCCCUUUCGUUCCGGCCAAUGAUCCAGACGGUGGCCAGAAAAUGGGGUGACGCAAAUGAUGAGACUGACAGGUUGUUUCGUGAGACUGAUCUCAUUACUGAGUUUAGCCAUGUCAUGAAGACGAGUCUGGCUCCCGGGCCGCAGCUGGAUGAGAUGAAUAUGAGGAUGGCACAACGGGCACUGGUUGAUUUGGAUCUCUUGCUUGGGGAUGGGAAAGAUAAAAAAAUCAAACUGCUCGAGUGGGCGAGGUUUGCUAUCACGCAGGCGAGUAGCUGUGGUGUUUAUGGGAAUAAACACCCGUUUCUCGAUGACAAGGUUUAUGAAGCUUUUUGGGCCUGGCACGCCCACCUAUCAGCCCACAUCUCAGGAAUCAACUUUGACAUCCUCUCCCACGGCUACCAUGCCCGAGCCGUCGUCUUUGCCGCCCACGCAAAAUACUGCACCUCCAUCCCCCCGGACACCUCCUCCCUCUUCCUCUCCCGCUGGCAGUGCCUCCUCUCCUCUGGCCUUUCCGUGUCAGAAGCCUCCAAACAACAAGCCACACUCCCAAUAGGAAUGCUCUCCAACACAGUCCCGACCUUUUUCUGGACCAUCUACGAGAUUUUUUCCCGGCCUGCUCUUUUGUCCUCGAUCCGCUCCGAAAUCCUCACUUUUGCCAUCACCACCUCCGGCCCUCGUCACAUCCUCAACCUGACCAACCUCAAAACCUCAUGCCCGCUCCUCCUCUCCACCUUUCAGGAAACCCAACGGACAAGACACAUCCACGCCGCCAUCCGGAAAGUCACAACCAACACUCUUUUGGACAGCGGCAAGCUUUUGCUGAAGGAAGGGAACUACCUCCAGAUGCCAGGCCACGCAAUCCACUACUCCCAAUCCACCUACGGCCCGACCGCUCGAGAUUUCGUUCCUGAGCGGUUCAUGGAUCCAAAUCUCAAAAGGGGCGGUGCGGAUUUUCUUGCUUGGGGCGCCCCGCCGCAUCUCUGUCCUGCAAGGCAGUUCGCCGCGACGGAGAUAUUGAUUUUGGUGGCUAUGCUGGUUGUCAGGACUGAUAUCCAUCCUGCUGAGGGGACAGAGUGGGAGGAGAAGCCGGGGUUGGAGUUUGCUGAUCCGGUUACUGUUUUAAAUCCCAAGCGGGAUGUGGAGGUCGUGGUUAGGGUUAGGGGAGAGAAGCAAGGGAGGUGGGAGGUUGAGAUGGGGGAUGGUAGUAGGGCGAGUAGGGUGCCGCUGGCGUCGGGUUGAAAAUGGGAUUGGGG